AUGGAUCAGCAGGACGGGUACUGGGGAACGCUGCCCAGUGUGAUUAUGCUGGAAAUAUUUUCAUACCUUGAGCAUAAAGAUCGAAUAAAUGCCUCCAUGGUUUGUAAGAAUUGGAGACAAGCGCUUUUCCAUCCUGCUUUCUGGAAAGACAUUACCUUCGUUUUAGAUGAUACCAAAAAUUCAUUGUGGUCAAGUCAUCUAGCAGAUUGUUUUGGUUUGAGUGUACAAAAUGCCACAGUAAGAUGUCAAAUUCCUCACUGCAGUUUUGAGUUGGAAAAAUUACUUAGAAAUUUGUGCGAAAAUAGAAACUUAAGACGGCUUAUCGUUGAACCAUCAACCUCAACAUUCGAAUGGUCAUUUACUAGUUAUGAUGACAUGGAAGCAUUAGAGACGUGGACAGAAUCACUGUACCUAUCAAUAUUAAAAAUAAUAGAAACGUCAAAACGUCUGGAAGCUUUGACACUAGGUUGCGUUGAAGAAUUAGUACUAAAUGCUGGCGAAAUCUUGGAGGUCCUAGGUUAUUAUCACGGAAAACAUUUAACUCACCUAGGAUUGGCCUCAGUAAAAGAAGAUCCAGAGAACUACCAGUUUGUGAUAUUAAACAGUAUUACCUUCCAGCAAUUUAUAAGCCUCACUAUCCUAACACUAGACUACGACUGUCUAAAUGACACAAUGUUGGAGUCGUUGACCAGCGGAACGCUAGAACGGCUGGUUGUCCACGUACACGAUUGGAAAGAAAACUACCACGGUACAACAGAUCAUGCUUGGGAAUUGUUUACUCAGAAAAAUCCUCGCUGCGAGUUAAGAUUGAAUUUACUGCACGCCUACACAGGCGUAACCGUUCUAGAACGUGAAAUACUCAAACCUAAAAUGCCGCUCACUCACUUCAAGGCUCUGUUCUGUGAAUACGUUAAUCUAAGAGCUCUAUACAUAAUGGCUUCAUACUACAGUACAACUCUAAAGUCUCUAAUGUGGAUUGAUUCUGCAGAUAACAAUGAAUCGAUACCGCCAACUGAUGGAAAUCCUGAUCCUGAUGGCUUAGUCAUGUUAGCCUGGCGUUGUAUUAAUCUCAAAGAGCUAGUUUUCAUCGGGCACAAAUAUUACCAUACUAAUUUGCUCGCUAUUGCUCGAUUAAGAGGACAUAAUUUGCAAAGAUUUGAAUUUGCUGAACAUGACAUUCAAGAAGACUAUAUGUCUAAUUAUAAAUACAAAGAAGUUCGAUCCGAAAUCAAUAGUAUACUUGGUGAUAAUUGGAAAACAUUCUCAGCCUCAGAAUUGAUGCCAGUACUGAUAGACGCAAUCGCAGGUGACAGCAGGGAUGUAAUAAUGCCGUUGGUACUCAACGAUGCAAAGUAA